GACAGACGUGUCGCUAUGCUCUUGAUAUUGUUACUGUGUGCGGCGCUAGCCCAUGCGCAGGAAUUACGAGUGAAUACGACCGAAGGUGUUGUAGUAGGUACUCAGGCGACUGAUGGCAACUACUUUAACUUCUAUGGACUUCAUUAUGGAGGACCCACUACCGGUGUAAAUAGAUUCAAGGCCCCAACACCCCCACCACCAUACCCUGGAGAGUUCCAUGCCAUCAGCAACGAUAUAUUUUGCGCUCAACCUAGUGAAAAUGGCAUCAUAGGAGAUGAAAAUUGCUUGACUCUGAACGUUUUUACCAUUAAUGCAAACUCUAGUAGGCCAGUAGUGGUAUGGCUUGAAGGAAAUGAAUAUUCUAAUGGAGGACCACCCAGAUCUUUUGCACGAAUAGUGGAACAAAAUGUUGUUGUCGUCCGACCAAAUUAUAGAUUAUCUAUCUUUGGAUUCUUAUGUCUAGGAGUUGCCGAAGCACCCGGUAACGCGGGCUUAAAAGAUGUAAUCCAAGCUUUAAGGUGGAUUAGGAGCAACAUUGCCGGAUUUGGUGGUGAUCCCAAUAACGUCAUCCUCUUUGGUCACGGCUCAGGCGCCGCUAUGGUUGAUCUCAUCACAAUGUCACCGUUGGCGACUAAUUUAGUACAUAAAGCUGUAGUGCAAAGUGGAUCCGCUUUAGCCCCAUGGGCAGUUUCAUAUAACCCUAUUAGUUCAGCUCGGAAUUUUGGUGCUAAACUUGGAUAUGCAGGCAAAUCUAAUGCAGAUUUAGCAAAAUUGUUGCAAAAUACUACAAAUACAUUACUAGGAGCCGCUUUUGUUAAUACUGAACUUCGCAAUAACACUGCACUAUUUGCACCUUGCAUAGAGAAUAGACACUUGAAUGCCAACGACACAUUCCUUACUGGCGCUCCAAUUAAUUUGCUAAGAUCUGGAAACUAUAGUCAUAUUCCUUACAUUACUGGUUAUACAAACAGAGAAGGAACUCUAAGAGCAGGACAAGCGGCAGUGAACAAUUGGCUGCAAAAAAUGCAGACAAAUUUCACAGAGUUCCUCCCUGUGGACUUGAAUUUCGGUAACAAUUUGACGACAGUCGAAAGAUUGAUUCGUACUUUCUAUUUUAAUGAGAGGAUUAUUGACAUGAGUACAAUUGAAGACUAUUUAGACUAUCAUGGAGAUACACUUGUUCUUGUCUCAGUAAUUCGAGGAGCCCGAGAAAGGGCAGCAACAUCAAGAUCUGAGGUCAGACUUUAUGAAUUCACCAAUAGAGGAACUCUGAAUAGUGACUGGCUUUAUCAGACAAUACCUCUGAAUGGUGCAAGACAUGGAAUUAUUAUUAAUUUCUUGUUGGGUAUUGACUUGCGGCCUAUUGAUGAACCAGUCAGAAUCUCUUUAACUAAUAGAUUCACCGCGUUCUUUACCACUGGGAACCCAUCACCCCCAGGCAUCACAACAUGGCUUCCAGUUACCAGGGACAUCAUUAACUUCCUCUAUUACAGCAGUACUGAUACAACAGAAGGUGUGGCCAUUAAUGCAGAAGCCAUGAACGCAAACCCCCACUCCCAGAGAAUGAACUUCUGGGAUGACCUUUAUGCAAAAUAUUAUAUACCACCUAUACCUGCUUCAUCGUCGAGAGUUUUAGGUGUAGCUUUACUGUUAGUCGUGUGCCAAUUGUUCGUUAAGCUAUUUUAAGUAUUUUGACAUUGUAUAAUAUAUGUCAUACAGAUUCAUUGAAAAAUUGUUUUGAUAAUUGUAUUCUCAAUUUUUUUUUCAAUUCUGCUAUGGAUGCAUUGUCGAUGUCCGAGCGGUCCACACUGUUUCCAAUCCAAUGUUUGAGACCAGAUAAUAUAUUUGGUUAUCUAGCACAUUACAAUUGAUUAAAUUAUACAUUCGUUGAAAAAUAUCAAGAUAGGUUAUUUUUGGAAUCGUAAUUCUGUAUUUUUACUAAAUACUGGUAUUGACUGUAGAUUUUGUUAGUAAGUUUUGAAAUACUGUCUUUUGCCUGAUAUAUCGUAGUUAUA